AUGCUCUCGCUCACUUGUCCCUUGUUUUCCACACCCCCUCUCCUUUUUAUACAACCCCCUCCCCCAUUCACAUUCACCUCCUCUCCCCUCGCUGCCAGCGAUCUGAGCGGCAAUCUCUUUCAGGGCCGCCUGGACGAGGUCGCCACACACCUUCGCCUUCUCACCGCCCUCCAAUCCAUCAACCUCUCCUUCAACUGGUUCUCUCACACUGUGCCUGGAUACCUUUUCGCUCUUCCCAAUCUCUCCAGCCUCGCGCUGGGCUUCAACUACCUGACGGGCUCGCUGCCUGGCAGCAUAGCGGCGCCUCUCAAGGCUCUGGACGUGCAGUUCAACUUCCUUGCCGGCUCCUUCCCCGCCCUCGGCCUCGCCUUCUGCUCCGCCCGCAUCAACUGCUUCACCACCACCGCCAACUGCAAGCACCCCACAAGGCCCGCUGAGAUCCCGCGGGCAGCAGCUUCUUGCGCCAUCUGCAACACCACGAAUGCUCAGGGCAAGCUGUGCAGCAACAUCAUUGGUGGUGGGAUCUGCAGUGUUGUUCCUCAUCCUGCCCUCCUGCUCCCACCAGGCACACCCAACAGUGCCUCAUCGCCCGUGCUCCCUCUGGUCUGCACCGGUGCUACAAGUGUGCCCAUGGAUGCAGGUCAAGCCGCUGCGCUGAUGAAUGUGAAGGUGGCGCUGGGAGUGUCGUUUCCAGACUGGCGGGUCGAUGCCCUCUGCACCCUCGUGGGCUCGCCCUCCCCGGCUCCCGGCACGUGGAAUGGCGUCGCCUGUGACGAUUCUGGAAAAGUGCUCCGAGUGUCUCUCAAGGGGCAGGGCCUCACAGGGAGCAUCCACUCGGAGAUCUCCAAGCUCACCACCCUCACCGCUGAUGUUGUUGCUGCUGCUGCUGUUGUAGUUGUUGGUGUUGUUGCUGCUGUUGCUCUUGUUGGUGUUGCCGCUGUUGUUGGUGUUGUUGUUGCUGCUGUUGCUGCUGUGAUCUACCUGCAGUACAACUACCUCUAUGGCGUCUUCCCCCCGACCCUCCUCACCCUUAAAACCCUCUCGACACUCUCCGUGGCCUUCAACUACCUCACCGGAUCACUCCCCACCGCACUCCCCACCACGAUCGCCUCUCUGGACGUGCAAAGCAACUUCCUGGCGGGUUCCGUGCCGGCCAACACCAUCCCUUACUGCGCCAGCACGGGCAACUGCCUGGUGGACGCGUCCAAGUGUGCAUCACUGGGACUGCCACAGCGCAGCGCCGCUGAAUGUGCCGUCUGUGGCUCCACCAACGGCCAGGGCGCUCUGUGUGCUGCUGCCACCACCUGCCGGGAUGCUGCUGCUGGGGCUGGGGUGACGACUCCCCCCACUGCGCUUUCCGCUAGUCUCCCUCUCUUUUGCGAGGCUGUUCCCAUGGACUUGGUAACAACCUUUCCAGCCCAAACCAUGCUGGCCAUCAAGUCCGCACUGGGGGCAACGCUCACAGACUGGACUGCCACCCUGCCCUCGCCGGGCACGUGCACGUUGGAGGGGCAGACUCCUGGCCCAGGCGCAUGGACCGGCGUCUAUUGCAGCUCCAAGGGAGUGGUUGUGGGCAUCGACCUGAGCUCCAAUCUCUUCCAGCGCCGCCUGGAUGUCUUCCUCUCUCUCGCCCGUCUCUGCCCUCAAGGCGCUUCAGAAUCUGCCCUGCCACGGUGCCACCACCUGUUGCUGCAGCUUUCUCACUGCUUUCUAGACCUUCCACUCCCUUCCCAUCAAUCCGGCCGUCUCCUCCGUUUCCUCAUCCAUCUUCUUCCAGCCACCCUCCGUCCCCACCCCCCACCCCCACACAACCCCCCUCCCCAACCUUUCUCCUUGCCUCCCCCGACCCACAGCAAGCUGAGCCGCAACUAUCUGACGGGCACAGUGCCGGCAUUCAAGACGUCACUCAAGGCCCUCAACGUGGCCAGCAACCUGCUCUCGGGCUCCUUCCCCAUCGCCACCCUCACCGCCUGCGAUGCCCGCUCCAACUGCCUCUCCACCGCCACCAACUGCGCCAACGCUGCCGGCACGGCGCAACGGUUAUCCUCAGAGUGCAGCGUGUGUGGGUCCACCGAUGCUUCUGGCGUUCUGUGUGGGGGAGGGCUGUGCGCCCCUGAUGCCUCCGCCCCUGCUGCCUCCUCCACCCCCAACACGGACGGCCAGCCGCUGCUGCCACUGAGCUGCCUGGGAGUGCCCAUGGAUGCGGCCAUGGGGUUGGCGCUGCUGAGUGUGAAGGCAUCGCUGGGUGUCACGUUCACGGAUUGGAAUGUGGAUGCGCCCUGUGCACUGCCAGGGCAGGCCGUGGUGCCGGGCUCGUGGUCCAGCGUUGUGUGUGACGCCACCGGCAAGGUUCUCACCCUCGAGCUGAACAACAACCUCUUCUCAGGCCGCCUGGAUUCCUUCCUCACCCCACUGCUUCCCGUCAAGACCCUCAAAGUCCUCCACGUGCACAACAACUACCUGUCGGGCGCCGUGCCUCUAUCGCUCACUGCUCUCUCCGCCCUCUCUGAACUCAAGAUCCAGGCCAACUACCUGACGGGCAGCAUGCCGGCAGCGCUGCCGGCGUCCCUCAAGUACCUGGACGCAUCAGGGAACUACCUGGUGGGAACUUCGACGGCCCUGAUCGCAGCAAAGACUGUGAAUACGGGGACGGCUGAGAUGUACUGUGCGGGUGCUCCCAUGGAUGCUGCCAUGGCUACGGCGCUGCUCAAUGUGAAGGCAUCGCUGGGGGUAUCAUUCACCAACUGGGCGGUGAGCUCACCGUGCGCCGUGGAGGGAGUGGCAGCGCCGCCAGGCGCGUGGUCCAACGUCCUCUGUGAUUCCACCUUCAAGCCCGUCUCCCUCAAGCUGUCCAGCCUGAAGUUGACGGGGAGGAUGCAUUCGGAUAUCUCCAAGCUCACCACCCUCACUUCGAUUGAUCUCCACAGCAACCUAUUGCAGGGUCGUCUAGAUGCAUUCACAACCGACUUCAAGGCACUCAAAGCCAUCAAGCAAGCCUACUUCAACUUCAACUGGUUCUCUGGGUCCAUCCCCUCUGCCCUUGUGGGCAUCGCCUCCCUCACAUCAUUCGGUGCGAGCUACAACUACCUGUACGGCCCCGUGCCCAAGCUCGGUGCGGCUCUCAAGACUCUUGACCUGCGGAACAACUGGCUGUCCGGCACAUUCCCCGGCACUGGCUUCCUCUCCUGCUCUGCCUCCUCCAACUGCCUCGCCAACACAGGCGCAUGCAACACCACAGGCACCACGCAACGCCCAUUGGCUUCUUGCGCCGUCUGUGACUCUCCCAAGGGCACCGAUCCCAUCUGUGCCGGCGGCACCUGUGCUCCCAACACUGCCGGCCCUCUUGCCUCCUCCACCACCCCCACCACCUCAUCUCCCAUACUCCCGCGCUUCUGCGUCGGUGUACCUUUGAAUGUAGCGCAAGCAGCUAUUCUCCUCUCAGUCAAGUCAGCUCUCGGGGUCACCUUCACCCAGUGGUCUGCCAGUAUCCUUGCAGUAUCCCCCAAGGCAACGUCCUUUACCAGAGAGAUCAGCAACGGGCCAAAGGCGUUGGAGCGGCGGCGCUUGGCUGGGAACGGGUCGGGCAGGGAGAGGCUGCUGAAGGUGACUCCGCAACCACCUUCCGGGGAUGCGGGCAUGUGCACGAUUCAAGGCCAGACGCCCGUCCCUGAAUCCUGGCCGGGCGUGUUCUGUUCUUCUUCCGGCAUGGUCGUCGGCCUGGAUCUUCGGAGUUUCCUGCUGCGAGGUACCGUGCACGCAGACAUCUCCAAGCUCACCACACUCACCGCGCUCUACCUGUCAUCCAACCUCUUCUUCCAGCGUCUCGACUCCUUUGUGUCUCCUAUCCUGCCCACGGCCUCUCUCAAGGACCUUCGCUUCAGCUAUAACUAUCUGACAGGCUCCCUGUCUAAGCCCGGUGCCACCGUCAAGGUUAUCGACACGCAGGCCAACUUCCUCUCGGGCACUUUCCCCACGGCCUCACUGGCCUGCAACACUCGCCUCAACUGCUUCUCCAACGCCUCAGGCUGCUUCAACCUGGAUGGAACGGAUCAGAGGACAGCAGCAGAGUGCAGCAUGUGUGGGUCACCACAGAAGACGCAGGGGCUGUGUGGAGGUGGCACCUGUUUGCCUGUCCUUCCACCUUCCCUCGCUAAGGUUCCCAACAGUGCUGCUGCUCCCACACUCAUGAUGACAUGUGCUGCCGUGCCUCUUGAUGCAACCUCUGUGGCGGCACUGUUGAAGGUGGGGGCGGCUCUCGGGGUCAGAGACAUAGACUGGCGCAACGGCAGCAAGUGCAACAUUGAGGGGCAGAGCGCCAACCCCAAGUCGUGGCCGGGCGUGUGGUGCAGCGCCAACGGCACCGUCCUCUCCAUCACGUUGGCCAACAAGGCACUGAGGGGCAUCAUCCAUGCCGACAUCUCCAAGCUCACUGCCCUCUCCUACCUCGAUCUGUCCUACAAUCUCUUCUCUGGUCAGCUCUCCAAGUUCGUCUCCAACAUGCUGCCAGUCACCACCUUGGCCACUCUCCGUGUGGGGGCAAACUACCUGACGGGAACGCUCCCAACCAUCUCCAAGCAGCUGCAGGUGCUGGCCAUCGCCAGCAACCUCCUGGCGGGCGCCUUCCCCACGCAGCCCUUCCAGCUGUGCGACAUCCGCAGCAACUGCCUCUCCUCGCCGGGCUCCUGCACCAACGAUGCCGGUGUGGCUCAGCGCACCUCCGGCUGUGCCUUCUGUGGUUCCGCCACGGGCGCCCCGCCUUUCUGUGCCGGCACCACCUGCACUCCCGAUGUCGCUGCAUUCCUUGCUGCUGGCACUGUAAACAGCCCUACUGCCGCCCUCCCAGCAAUGUUCUGCGACGCCGUUCCAGUGGAUGAUAACUCUGUGCUGGCGCUGCUGGCACUGAGGGCGGGGCUAGGCGUGAGUGCAAGCAGCUGGGCGGUGGACUCGCCCUGCACGCUGGCGGGCAACGCCCCCGCGGUGGACAGCUGGACGGGCGUCGUCUGCGACCUCUCGGGCCAAGUCCUUAGCCUCAACGUGGCGUCCAACCUUUUGGAUGCGCGCAUGAGCGAGUGGGCUCUGCCUCUCACCGGCCUCAAGGCACUCAAGCAACUGUCUCUCAACUACAACUGGUUCUCUGGCCCUCUGCCCUCAUUCCUCCUCACCAUGUCCUCCCUCUCAGCACUCAACGUGCAAUUCAACUACCUCGCUGGUCCCAUCACCGGCACUCCCUCUGCCUCCCUCAAGUCCCUCAACGUCGCCUCCAACCUCCUCACAGGAGCCUUCCCAGCGUCUUCCACCACCGCAUGUGAUGCACGCAGCAACUGCCUAGCAGACUCCUCCAAGUGCCUUGCCUCUGGCUCCUCCUCCCAGAGGCUCGCCUCUGACUGCAACGUCUGUGGUUUGGGGAGUUCCAGUGCGGUUGUGUGCAAUGGAGGGGUGUGCACCCCUGACACUACCGAGCCAGUGGCAGCACUCACGCCUAAUAGUGCCUCUGCUGCUCUUCUGCCCAUGCAGUGCUCGGGUGUGCGCAUUGACGCCACUGCAGUGUCGGUGCUUGGGAGUCUCAAAGCGGCUCUGGGAGUACCUCUCCCGGACUGGGGAGUGAACUCCCUGUGCACGGUGGUCAUUGUUGUUUCCGGAGUCAGCAGCUCCUCCCCUCGCCCGAGGGACUUGGGAGGCGUGCUGUGCAGCCCGGCCGGUGCUGUGGUGGAGAUCAACCUCAUCACGCGCCAGCUAGCUGGGUCCAUGCAUGCAGAUAUCUCCAAGCUCACUGCGCUCACUGCCCUGGCUUUCUACUCAAACUUUCUGGCUGGUCGCCUGGAUGCUUUCACUGCACCUUUCACCGCUCUAUCCAGCUUAGAGAAUCUCCAACUGCACGACAACUACCUCUUUGGGCCCAUCCCCUCGGCUCUAAUCGGUCUCAAGAGCCUCUCCAAGCUGAGUCUGGGCUCCAACUACCUCACUGGGAGCGUGCCAGUGCCAGGCACUGCCAUGAAGCACCUGGACCUCGAAAACAACUACCUCGUGGGAACCUUCCCAGCAGGCUCCUGGCUGUCCUGUUCGGCACGCACCAACUGUUUCUCGAGUGCUGCUGCUUGCACCGCCGACGGAGGCAAAGGGACUGUUCAGAGAGCCACGUGCAGUAUCUGCGGCAGUGCUGAUGGCACGGGGGUGUUGUGUGGCGGCGGUGGUGCGUCCACCUGCCAGCCCACAGCUGCUUCCCUCGCGUCCCUCUCCACGCUCAACAGCCCCUCUUCCCCUGCACUUCCUCUGGCGUGCUCCUUGCUGCCGGCUGUACCCGUCAACUCUACUGCCAUGGCGACGCUGCUGAGCAUCAAGACAGCCUUGGGAGUGACGCACACAGGGUGGGCGGCGAAUGCUGUCUGCACGCUGGCAGGGACAGCUGGCACUGUGGCGAGUGGGAGCCUGACGGGUGUGGAGUGUGACUCGGCUGGCAACCCCAUCAAGAUCACUCUCAACAAUCAGCAGCUGUUCGGAGUGCUCCCUGCUGAUGUCACCAAACUCACAGCGCUGACUUACCUCAACCUGCAGUCCAACCUGUUCAGGGCACGCAUCGAAGAUUUUGCACUGAGGCUUCCUGCCCUCACCAACCUGGCAGUGCUCCUGCUGGACUACAACUGGUUCAAGGGCUCGCUGCCCCCGCCUCUCCUCGCCAUGACCAAACUCACCCGCCUGAGCAUGGCGUACAACUACCUGACAUACCGCGUGCCACCGGUGUCAGCAUCGCUCAAGGCAAUCGUCCUCUCCAACAACUUCCUCUCGGGCACCUUCCCUGCCAACUCCGCCACCUCCUGCGUCUCUGCUGCCAACUGCUUCACCAGCGCCACUGCCUGCAACACUCCUACCGAGGGGGGCGAUACGGCACAGCGAGCGUCGGGGUGUGAUAUCUGCGGCAGUGCGAGCGGUCAGGGCAUGCUGUGCGGCGGCACAGGGGUGUGCACGCCCAAUGCUGCUGCACUUUUCACCGCCAAGACGCCGAAUACUGCUAGUGCUGCUUUUCUCCCCAUGGCUUGCGUUGACCUUGUGUGUGCUGCAGCUGCACCUGUUGCCUGCCCCACUGACUGGCGCUGCCAGGGUCUGAAGUGUGCAGCACCUACCGUUUCCAACUGUGUCGGUUACCUCUGCACUCCUUAG